AUGAUCUGUUCCGCAUCUGCUGCCAUCAAUACGGAGCAAUGUGACACAGUAGCAGCCGAGAAAAGUUACAAGAUUGUCCAAGAUAUUACCAAUUUUGCGGAGACUGAAGCCCAACGCCAAGAAUUCGAUCAUGACAGGCCUAUUGAAAUCACGAAAUCACCUUACUCUGAAUGGAAAUAUGGUGAAGGUGUACCAGAUAAUGGAGCAAGUCUUGUUCAAAAGCAUCAUGAAAUCGAUCCAUACCAUCCCGAUCGACCAAUGAUCAACAACUAUCGCCUACUGGUCUCUGGCAUCGCUCCCCGACCAGUCGGCUUUUUGAGUACUGUCAACAAGCAAGGGCAGAAGAAUCUCUCGCCUUUUAGUUACUUCCAGGUCAUUGACCAUGAUCCACCGAUGUUUAUUGUUGGGUUCUCAUCUCGCCCUGGACGUGUUAAGGAUACAUACCGCAACUUGAAAGAAACUGGGGAAUGUGUCAUCAACACUGUCUCCGAGAAUAUGAUCGAAGCUGUCAAUGCCACUUCGAUCGAUGCACCCUAUGGUGUAUCGGAGUGGGAGAUCUCUGGUCUCCACGAAGCCCCUUCAACAACUGUGAAACCUCCGCGCGUUGCAGAGUCUGUCUUCAAUAUUGAAGGUAAGGUGAUUGAUAUUAAAGAAUUCCAUGAUCAUCAAAAACCGGGAAUGAGUAUUGCUGCGACAGUCCUGAUAAAGGCCACUCGUUUCUGGGUCAAGGAAGGCACAGCCAAUUCAGAUUAUAGCCAUAUCGACUUGGAGAAGCUACGACCGGUUGCACAACUUGGUGGUGUCUCGUAUGGUCGUAUCGGAUCGACAUUUGAACGACCACGCAAAAAGUGGGAUGAGGAAGUCUCAAAUAGUGAACUUCUGGCCAAAUUGGAUAAGAAAAAGAUCUAA